GCAAUUGCUGCCUUCCUGUAAGACAAAUAUCAUUCGCUACCUGUAGACUGGGAAAGAUUAAUUUCCAUUCAAUACAAAAGAGACCGACCAGAGAGUUGGAACCCCGCCUUCCACCGAUGCGAGAUAGUAUUCUGGGGUGCUUUCUCCCCAUAUCCCGCCAUCUUGCUCACUAUUUUACCCCCUCUGGACGAAGAUCGCUAGUUUGAUUGGACUUUGUUCUUUUCUCAAUCACUGGAAGCCCCCUAUGCCUUGCGAGUCGCAAUUGUAUCAACCAUGAGCGGCACAGCUCCACCACCAUCAGGCAGCGGGAAUGCAGUGCCUCCCAAAAAUCCGCUGAUGUUUCCUCCGCCGGGAGGCUGGAUCAACCCUUCUGAGGCUCCCAUGCACCACAAGGCUGUUCUUCUUGUUGGACCCGUCACCGCAUUCUAUAUCUUGGAUUUAAUAGCACUGGGUUUUCGAGUCUGGGCGAGGUACAUCAAGAAAGUUUCCUGGCGUCUCUCUGAUUAUGCUAUCUUCAUUGCCGCUAUCUUUGGAACGGGCUAUAUGGCAAUCAUCUGGCUAGUGGCCGAUCGUGGCGCUAUUGGCUACCCUAUCAUCCAAGUUGCUCCUCAUGAGCGGUCACUCAUCCGCAAGGCAUUUUUUGCAGCCUGGCUUCUGCAAUCCUGGGCCAACUCGUUUGUUCGCCUCUCCAUUCUCGAUUUCCUCCUGCAAGUCUUCUUCCCCGUCAAGAGGUUCUGCAUCGCCAUCUAUUUGUUUCAAGCGGCGACCGUGGCCUACCUGGUUGCGUGCACAAUCGCCUUUUUUGCCACCUGCCGCCCUUUUCGGUACAACUGGGCGCUCACUCCAGAUGUGCCCCAGCAUUGCGGCAACCUCAAACUCAAAUUCCUUCUCAGCGCCAUCUUCAACCUUAUCCUCGAUGUUUGUAUCCUUAUUCUCCCCAUGCCUAUGCUCUGGACUUUGCAUGUGAGCACACGCAAGAAGGUUGCCAUAACCUUUGUCUUCGGCCUCGGUAUUUUUGUCUGCUUCGCCACGGCAUGGCGGACAUACCACGUGGUUGAAUUCAGCAAGCCCAAGAACCAGAUGAACUUCACUGUGGAAGUUGUCGAGGAUGCUCUGUGGUCUGGACUUGAAAUUACUCUUGGGAUCAUCAACGCAUGCCUCCCCGUGAUACCGCCCGCAGCCCAGCGCGUCCUCAAUGCUCCAUACCUCCAACUCAUCAGUUUCUCGACGAGCCGCUUUUCAAAGAAGUCCAAGACGUCCACAGCGUACAGCGCUACAUCCAGUCACUCGCGCUUCUCACCAUGGGCUCGUCUUAGUAGCUCAAAGGACGAAUCGAAGGCCGGUAUCGAGCGCGAAGUGGGAUAUUCGGUCGACACCGAGUCAAACGCUAGUCAUCGCAUUCCUAUGGAGAGCAUGGGAACAACCACAAAGCUAGCGGGCCAAAACCCUAUGACAUAUCAUGAUCCUCUAAAGAAUCACUAAAGCCACGGAAGUGGGCUUUGAUUCCGAGUUUCAUUCAACAGCUCGUCUGGUCAAGAUUGGAAGGCUGAUAAGUACAAUGUCCGAGCCGAAAAUCGACUGAAAGGGGGAAAUACUGAUGAUGUUUUUGGGACCUUUUGUAGAUAGCUGCGUCGGGUCAAAUGCCCUACUAUAUUGAUGUAGUUAUUCCAGGAUGUAUUACUUAGUUAUU